AUGGUUAGGACUAGAGGAUUAGGUUGUGCCUUAGGUCACGUUACUGGCAGAGGUGUGGGCAGAGGAGAUCAUGAUGAUUUCGAUGAUCCUCCGCAGCGUCGACGGCCUACCGUAUCUGCAAGCAGGCAACGAGUACCUGUCACUGCUGCGGACGAUGAGCCAGUGGUCCCUGCGAUAGAGGCUGACGGAGCUUCGGUUGCGGCUGACGUAUAUGCGAAUGAGCCGAUGGCAAAAGGUGACGUACAGGACACUGGGGCAGACGCAAGCGCACAGGCUGUUGAGGAUGAGCCUGAGGGAUUUCCGGGUGGUCCGAGUGACCCAUCCGUGCUGACCGAGUAUACGAAUCACGUUGCAAGCAGCGUAUGGACUGGAGAGGAGCGUCCUGAGUUGAAGUUAUCCUUUCAUGGGAGAAAGGUGCAUAAUUUAGGUAGGCUUGUCCCUGUCAUUGAGGGGCUAGUUGUUGGGACAGGACUAAGUCCUCUGAUCGCGUGUUCGAUAAACACUGGUGAUCGGGGACUUUUGUCUUCGUUUGUCGAGCGGUGGCACCGAGAGACUUCUAUUUUCCAUCUCCCUGUGGGAGAGGUGACGAUCAUGCUGGACGAUGUCGCGUCUCUUCUGUAUCUGCCCGUGGUUGGCAACUUGCAUGCCUUUCAGCCUGUGCACGUGGAUGAUGUUGUAUAG